AUGUCUUCCCCGGGCUCUUCCCGCCUGGAGAGGCUGCCACUGACGCUCCUGCAGGACAUCAUCGGCAGGUUCGUCGCUCAGGUGAUGACAGAAUAUGAAGAGCACUGGGCCUCUAGUCGGCCAGGCGAGACCAACCAGGACAAGCACCGUGACCUUCGUCAUCUGAUGCUGACAUCGAAGACGGUCUCGGCGGUAGCCAAGCAGGUUCUGUACCGCGUUAUAUACAUCGACACGCAUGUCAUGCUUUUGAAAUUGCUCUCCACACUUCUCGAUCAGCCCGAGAACGGUGAGCUGGUGAGAGUCCUCGAGUGUACCGUGGAGCAAGAUGAGGCAGCAUUGCCGAGAUCCGAGAGACUUCAUUACCAGUCUCACCAGUACGGAAUUGAUUUGGUCGAGCAUUUGGUGGAUCAUUCCAUUGUUCAGGAGAUUCGAGACAAAUGGGAGGAGGGGCUGUUUUGCGGUCUGAAGGAGAUAUUCGCUACCAUUUUCCUCUCAGCCCCGAAAGUGCAGCACCUGUCGCUCAUGAUCCCACCUCUAGAGGAAGGGGAAUGGGACCGCUAUAGCAACAACAGCUUCGCAGAACUCCUGACCCUGUCCGACGACAGAGUCCCAGCGACCAUCGGCACAUGUUUGCAGACCCUUAGCCUGUGGCACCCACUCGGCGAAUGCUUCCACCCUAGGUUGCGAUGCCUCCACCCCAGCGACCUGUUCCCGUACAUGCCUUUACUCAGACUUCCAAGCCUCAAGACGCUGGAACUAGCGGAGACGGCUAGAGUUUCCAACGACCCGGGUCCUCUAUCGUUUACUCCCAACGGGGUGAUGUACCGCACCGGGACCACUUUGACUCUGGCGGCUCCACCCCCCGAGGCAGAAAAUUGGAACAAGAUCCUUUCCGAUGUUGGAAAGACACUCGAGAGCCUCUGCUUCAAAGAGGAAGUCGAACACCCGAGGCACUUCAGUCUGGAGCAGAGCUUCCACUACAUGUUUGGCGAGCACCGGAAACUCUCAUGCAUUUCGGAUUUUCCGAAGCUCACGACCCUGUCCAUCGACCUCGUGCACCUGCUCGAUGUGAUCCUGCCCUUCGGGAUGCCCACCCCCAACGACCAUGAUGCCCGCAAAGUCCGUCUUACGCAGUGGUUCAGCAGCCUCGAACUGCCCCCGAACCUGAGCACGAUCAAUCUCUACUCUGCAUUCCAUACCGACACGAUCGCCGUCCUGGCCGUGCGAUACAUGCUGUCCGACGAGCCCGAACGAUUCCCGCAGCUGCAGAUGGUCGUCCUUCAGAUAUUCAACGGCCUUGGGAUCGACCGGGCUACCCUGCGAGAUAAGGCCUGA